GAAUGCAGUACCAAGGCUUGCAGCUCUCUGGGCCUAAAUCCACAAAGCUCAGAGAAGCCUACGUUACAAUGCUGCAAGUUUUUUUGAGAGUCUAGCUCCAGGACCUGUGAGCUCUUAGCAGGUGUGGCCCGCGCUGAUGGCACUCCUGGCCUCCGAACCAUAGGGGGCGCUGUGAUCUCCGUGUGGCCUCUUGGUCCCUGGGAGUUCAUUGCGCAGGCGCAUUCAGGACUUAUUUUUCGUCUCCACGUGUGAACCUUCCCCGCAAGUUUUUGGAGAAAAAUGCCCAAAUUCAAGGCGGCCCGCGGGGCCGGGGGUCAAGAAAAACACGCGCCGCUGGCCGAGCAGAUUCUGGCUGGGGACACAGUGCGGGCAGGGGCGCGGGAAAAGCGGCGGGGUCGUGGAACCGGAGAAGAGGAAGAGUAUGUGGGGCCCCGGCUGACCCGAAGGAUUUUGCAGCAAGCGCGGCAGCAACAGGAGGAACUCGAAGCCGAGCAUGGGACUGGGGGCAUGCCCGCGGCGCCCCGGGAGCGCAUCACACGGCUGGGUCCAGGAGUGCCACAGGAUGGCUCAGAUGACGAGGAUGAGGAAUGGCCCACCCUGGAGAAGGCUUCCACAAUGACAGGGGUGGGCCACCAUGCAGAGGUGGUUGUGGACCCUGAGGAUGAGCGUGCCAUUGAGAUGUUCAUGAAUAAGAACCCUCCUGUCAGGCGCACCCUGGCUGACAUCAUCAUGGAGAAGCUGACUGAGAAGCAGACAGAAGUUGAGACGGUCAUGUCCGAGGUGUCAGGCUUCCCUAUGCCCCAGCUGGACCCCCGGGUCCUGGAGGUCUACAGAGGGGUCCGGGAGGUGUUAUCUAAGUACCGCAGUGGGAAGCUGCCCAAGGCCUUCAAGAUCAUCCCUGCACUCUCCAAUUGGGAGCAGAUCCUCUACGUCACAGAGCCUGAGGCCUGGACAGCCGCGGCCAUGUACCAAGCCACGAGGAUUUUCGCCUCUAACCUGAAGGAACGCAUGGCCCAGCGCUUCUACAACCUUGUCCUACUCCCCCGGGUACGAGAUGACAUCGCUGAAUAUAAACGACUCAACUUCCACCUCUACAUGGCACUCAAGAAGGCUCUGUUCAAGCCUGGAGCCUGGUUUAAAGGGAUCUUGAUCCCACUGUGUGAGUCAGGCACCUGUACCCUCCGGGAAGCCAUCAUCGUGGGUAGCAUCAUCACCAAGUGCUCCAUCCCUGUGCUGCACUCCAGCGCGGCCAUGCUGAAAAUCGCCGAGAUGGAAUACACUGGUGCCAACAGUAUCUUCCUGCGACUGCUGCUGGAUAAGAAGUACGCUCUGCCCUACCGGGUGCUGGACGCCCUGGUCUUCCACUUCCUAGGGUUCCGGAAGGAGAAGCGCAAACUGCCUGUGCUCUGGCACCAGUGCCUCCUGACUUUGGUCCAGCGCUACAAGGCAGACCUGGCCGCAGAGCAGAAAGAGGCCCUCCUGGAACUGCUCCGGCUGCAGUCCCAUCCGCAACUGUCCCCGGAGAUCAGGCGUGAGCUUCAGAGCGCAGUACCCCGAGAUGUGGAAGAUGUUUCCAUCACCAUGGAGUGAGGAAACCAUCACUCAUCCUGGCCUGAAGGGUGUGGGAGGACACCAGGAAUCCUGUUGGUGACUGAAAGCGACACUGAGCCUUUACAGCUGAAGACCCAAAGCCCCGCAGUGAGAGCUCAUGGGUACCUGACAGGGAGGACUGACCGUCUGGCUGGCUCCCUCUUCUAUCCUAGGCCAUCGUUCCUGCUCAGUUCUGGCACCUGAUUGAGACCCCACACCCUAGCAUUCCCACUCCCCUUCUGGGGCUUGGAAUAAGUAUUUUCUCUCAGACUGUUGUGUCGUCAUUAGAAUGUGGAUAAAAAGGCAGGUAUUUAUUGAACUUCCA